AUGUUCCAGUGCAGCAUUCUGGUUGCCCCUGUCAAAAAAGAAAAUGAUGAAGUCAUCAUGUACAUAAUAAACUAUGAAGAUCUUGGGGCUGCAGCUUCUGCGGCAAGUAGUGAUGUUGAGGAACCCAAUGGUAGCCAGUCAGCAGGUUACCGUUUUAAGCGCAACAGACGACCAAAACCCUUGAAGAAAAUCGCAACGCAAAGGAUUUUUUACGAUAGCGCUACAGCAAAUCACAGGACAUUCAGGCUACGUUUACCUUCCAUACGAAACUCAAAGUCUUCUCAGAGUAAACAUGAGGAACAUGAAGGACCGGGAGAAAAUGAUACAUCCUUACCGCUUAUGCGGUUACCUCCGACACAAGAGCUUCCUGAGGAGGAGGAGCAGGAAUGGAUGAGCAAUUCAGGCACGAGGAACAGUACAAGUGCGAAGGAGUUAUUAAGAAAACAAAAUGCAAAACGACAGACGACGGACUCAAACGAUGUGAAAUCACAUACCAUUGAUAAUGCACAAUUAGACUCAAAACACAGAAUUGAGAGGGGCCAGGAACCGCUUGUACGGUCGCCCUCAAACAUGAGUUCAAGUUGGUCAAACAAAAGUACGGGAAGUCGUGGCAGUUUCAGAAGAGCGUCAUCGGCAGAUUGUCUGAACAAUAAUCAAGGCGUUGGUAUUAAUCAUACAGCUGCAAGACCUCUACCCACCAAAGGCCAUGCUUAUUCAGACCCAAAUAUCAGUGCUCAUAACAUAAAGAUAGACUCUUCGCUACAGGCCAUCAUCAAAGAUGAUUCUGAUGAUGAAUGGAGGGAGCCUAGUGCAGCCUCGGCAACAUGUGUCUACCCUGUUACGUCCAAUGUUGGGGGCAAUCUUACUCAGACUGAAUAUACACCUCAGGUGCUGUCACUAGGUCAGGAGAUUCUUCCAGAAUAUAAACUUCAAUCACCACGUAUACAUAAGUGGACCAUACUUCAUUACUCGCCUUUCAAAGCGGCAUGGGAUUGGAUCAUUCUUCUAUUGGUUAUUUACACCGCUAUUGUUACGCCAUAUGUUGCGGUUUUCCUUCUCAGUGAAGGAACAUACCAGGAAAAUCAGAACACGGAAGGAGAUUCGGCAAAGAGUGAUACGGGGAAUUACAGUGACCCGUUAGUAAUCAUAGACUUAGUAGUUGAUAUAAUGUUCAUUGUUGAUAUAUUGAUAAACUUCCGGACUACUUACGUGAAUAAAAACGAUGAGGUGGUCUCGCACCCGGGUAAGAUUGCGGUUCACUAUUUUAAAGGUUGGUUUCUCAUUGACGUUGUAGCAGCAAUUCCAUUUGAUCUGCUCCUGUUUGGUGCAAGAAAUAAGGAGACCACCACAUUGAUAGGUCUUCUGAAAACUGCGCGAUUACUGCGGUUAGUCAGAGUAGCAAGGAAGCUCGAUCGUUAUUCCGAGUAUGGUGCUGCAGUGCUGCUCCUCCUCAUGUGCACUUUCGCACUUAUUGCGCAUUGGUUGGCGUGCAUCUGGUACGCAAUCGGAAACGUUGAACACGGCACCUUACCAGAUGAUAAAAAAAUUGGCUGGUUGGACAACCUGGCAGAACAGACUAACCAGCCAUAUAAUGGCAGUCUUGCUGGUCCAUCGAUACAAUCUCGAUACAUAACAGCACUAUAUUUUACAUUUAGUAGUUUGACAAGUGUAGGAUUUGGCAAUGUGUCGCCAAACACGAAUUCCGAGAAAAUAUUUUCUAUCUGUGUAAUGCUAAUUGGCUCUCUAAUGUAUGCCAGUAUCUUUGGUAAUGUCUCCGCCAUUAUACAGAGGCUUUAUUCGGGUACAGCACGCUAUUAUACGCAAAUGUUGCGUGUCAAAGAAUUUAUACGUUUUCACCAAAUACCCAAUCCUCUCCGACAACGACUUGAAGAGUACUUCCAGCACGCUUGGUCCUAUACCAAUGGCAUUGAUAUGAAUAUGGUCCUCAAAGGCUUUCCAGAGUGCCUACAAGCGGAUAUAUGCCUUCACCUAAAUCGUAAUCUACUCAAUAACUGCCCUGCAUUCAAGGGCGCUAGUCCAGGCUGUCUGAGGGCGCUUUCUAUGAAGUUCAAAACAACACAUGCCCCUCCAGGUGACACGCUGGUUCACCGUGGAGAUGUGCUGAAUUCCCUUUACUUCAUAAGUAGGGGCUCAAUAGAGAUCCUGAAGGAUGAUAUAGUUAUGGCAAUUCUUGGAAAGGACGAUAUAUUCGGAGAAAAUUUCUGCCAAUAUGUAACCGUAGGGAAAUCCAAGUGCAAUGUUAGAGCAUUAACGUAUUGCGAUUUGCACAAGAUUGUGCGAGAAGACUUGAUGGAAAUCUUAGGCAUGUAUCCUGAAUUCUACGAGCAAUUUUCACAAAAUCUUGAAAUUACAUUUGAGUUACGAGAUGAGGACAUGUAUUAUCCUCCAGUAAGCAGCUCUGACACAGACGAAGGAGCUUCAACGCUAUCAUCAAACAAACGCAAGUUGCGACAACGAAAACCUCUAAAUAAAAGAAAAGCGCCUAAGGAGUCUGUCUCAAAAUCUAGUCAGCCUCAGAAAGAUGUGAAGGAGUCAUCAAAAGGCGCGACUUAUAUAGAAACACACCUCAAUGGGAGUGACCACAAGGAAGAUGAAGCCUCUGGCCAUGGGAUACUGGAGUUCUCUCCACAGAUGGCCGGUAGGGACGUAACUCCUGCAUUUGUGAAGAAUGACAGGCAAAAGCAAGGGAACUUUAUAGCAGGUACCAAUUGUGACGAGAACGUGAAGGGAGCUUUGUCAGGGGUGAAUUCAAUUGUACAUGCAGUUUCCGGCCCAAGUAGACAUAUAGGCGAAGAAGCCGCACCGUUGACAAAGCAAAAAGCGAGGCAUUACACGCAAACAAAGAAACUGCCUUCGCAACAAAUGAACCAUCUGAUAUCGGAUGACGCAUAUGGUAACGUGAUUGUUGAAGACGUUAGUGACUUCGUAUCAAAUCCACAUAUAGAAAAGAGACUUGACGAAUUACAAACUCAGGUUAAUCGUUUGGAGGGAAGAAUAAACAAGGAUAUGGGAUCUAUACUUGAGUUGCUACGGCGACGCGAGGAACCCCACUCUUCUCCCCCACAGCUCCUGCCAAACAGACAGAGACAACCAAAGCCUACGUUACCACGUAUGUCCUCCUUACAGACUUUUCCAAAUUCAUCUGCCCCCGACCGUCAACCAGGUCGUUCCAAGGUAUUUGCUGGUGGGCAACGACAGCCGUAUGUUAGAACCUCAAACAGCAUAGAUUCAGCCAUACCGGAUUUUGACGGUAUUGCUCGUCCCCGUCCUCAAUCAAUAGGAGUCGGGACAGUUCCAGUAACUCCUAAGCAGAGCAAUACUUCUGUGUCGUCUCCGACAUUAUCCGAUAUUUCUGUGGAUAGUCACAGUAGUCCUAUGCAUGAAAAGUUUGUAAGUGACGGUUUAUUCAAUGCAUCAUCGGAGUCUAAGCAAUUUGGUGAUGCGCAUGAGGCGGACUUUGAAGAGACUACUUCCCCUCACAAAAACGAUGACGUAUUCACAGAAGGUCAUCCAGAUUUCACUGUGGACUUCAAUUCUGUGCGCAACACAGAUGUAUAAUGCAAUAGUACACAUCUGAAGCAAAUUGUGCAGCUUUGUUGGGCAAACCGUUUACCUUGCACUUUUACUAACUACUUCAAAAACACACAGUGUAUUCCUUUGAUACAUAUAUUUCCUAUAUAUUAAAUAUAUUAUAUGCAUAUGAUGAGACUUUAAAAAGGUAUAUAAUUUAACACACAAUUAUUAAAAUGCAUAUGUGGCCAUACAUAUAGUUUAUGCAGUACAUACUUACAU